AUGGGGAAGACUGUUGUCAUCCUAGGGGCCUCUAUGGCUGGCAUCCCCAUAGCUCAUUACCUUCUUGCCCACACGUCAUCCGUCGUACCCGAUCUCAAGGUCAUACUCGUAUCUCCAAACACGCACAUGUACUGGGCUUUCGCCUCAGUACGUGGCAUCCUUCCAGGUGGUCUCGAUGAAGAUAAACUCAUGCUACCGAUUGCACCGGCCUUCAAGAAGUACUCCUCCGACAAGUUUGAGUUCGUUUUGGGCAAGGCUGAGCAGCUGGAGCCUUCGUCCAACUCCGUGACGGUCCAGACGAACCAUGGAACCGUCAGGCGACUGGAGUACCAUACUCUUGUCAUCGCGACUGGCACGAGCGCGAGGGAGGAGAUGCCUUUCAAAACGGUGAAUACCACCGAGCAGACAAAGGAUGUGUUACACGAGUGGCAACAGCGUAUCAAAUCGGCCAACUCCAUUGUCGUCGCCGGCGCCGGUAUCACAGGUAUCGAACUCGCAGGAGAGCUCGCCGAGGCGUACGCAAAGACAGGACAGAAGAAAGUCACCCUCAUCGGAUCCUCAGACCUCCCCCUAGAUGCAACCGUACGGAAGGACGUCCGGCAGGCCGCGAAGAAGAGCCUCGAGAAGCUCGGCGCCCAGGUCAAGCUCAACGCGAAGGUCACCAAGGUCGAGGGACCGGACGCAGGACCGAAGACGAUCAGUCUGUCGCUAGGCAGGGGGAGGGACGAGUCGAUCGAGGCGGACGUGUUCAUCCCGACCUACGGCCUCCAGCCGAACUCGGCUUUCGUGCCUGGCCCGCUCCUCGACCACCGUGGCCACGUCAAGCAGACCAAGUACCUCCGCGCCGAGGGCUACGACAACAUCUUUGUGGUCGGGGACGUGGGGAGUCUUGAGACUCCACAGGGCAUACACACGGAGAACCAGAUGCUGCACGUCGUCAAAAACCUCCAGGCGUACCUGAAAGGCGAGGCAGUGACUGAGUACACUUUCAGCACUGAUCCUCUAUUCAUGGCUUCCAUCGGGAAGGGAGGCGGUAUUGGCCAAGCCAAGGGCUGGAAGUUGUUCAGCUUCAUGGUCAAGAUGUUUAAGGCGCAGACCCUGGGAACACAGAAUUUCCCGGGAAUCAUCGCAGGACAGAAGACCAUGACCAAAGGGAAGUGGGCAUGA